AUGACCUCCGUGCGACCCCGGGAAAAUACCUUCAAGGUUGACCUCAGUGUGUUCCCCAAGCGCCCAAGCUUCGAAGAAAUUCACUCCUUUGUGCACGAUGUUAUGGGACUACGCAUCGACCAGGUGAAACGACUGCAGAUGAACCACGUGCAGAAUGCUGCUCACGUGAAGUGCGAUACCCUGAAGACCGCUCAGGACGCUGUCGAGGAGCACGAUGGACGCCACGAGAUUGAGCUAAACAAAGUGAAAUACAAGGUGCGAUUGCAGAUGGACGAUUCGACGGUGGAGGUCAAGGUCCACGACCUGUCAGAGAACGUGCGUGACGAGGAGCUUAUUGGUUUCUUGCGACACUAUGGGGACGUGCACUGCAUCAAAGAGUUGGUGUGGGGGGGAAACUUUGCGUACAAGGGCAUCUCUUCCGGCAUUCGCGUGAAGAGUGACCUGAGUGAUCGGCUCAAGGCCGCGCAGUCAACCGACUCGACCAGUUACGCCACCGUUGUGGACAAAGGGACCGCUAUUAUCAACUCGCUUUUGCCGAACUUCGUCGCCACCAACCUCAACCAGCUCAACCAAGCCGCCUCUGAGUCGAAACAAAAGGAACUCGACACCACAGCGCAGCAGCCGUCCUGCUCGCACCUGAGUACCGCAACUGAUGGAGUCGAGCAAUCCUCCUCCUCAACAAUCACUCCAGCCGUGGCAGAAGACGACUCGAUGUCGGACGAGACGAUCGUACCGGUCGCGAACGAGACGGAGCUGAUGGAUCAAGAUCUGCAGCAGCGUGGAAUAGCAAUGGAGCAAUUGGCGUUACCCGUCUGUAAAGGAGGGUUAAACCUGCAUCUCCCUGUGCACAAGUGCAAGGCGUUGUUGGUCAGCCGGUACAUCGCCGAUCGAGAGUACACCCCCUUUGCACGGAAUUUUGAGCAGCAAAUGUCCAACCCACCUAACGUAAUGGGUAUCCCUGCACUCUACCCGUGUUUGAAGGUAGUGGCCAAGUUGCUCCCGUACAUCCCCACGAACCUGACUGCGAACCCGUCGGCGAGUACUCUGCAUGAGUACUAUCGAGAGAACCUGCGAGUACCGAAAGUUAUGGAGGAGAACCCCAACAUCGACUGGAAUCGAGAACUUUCGGAACAGUUUUAG